AUGGGCUGGUUGUGGUCAUCAAGUCCGGCCCCGUCCUCUGGCGGGCCACCUGGGGCCGAGUCUUCGCAUGCAACCACUGCACCCACAACGACAACAUCGCCGACAUCGACAUCUACCUCCCACGACGACGACAGUCAGCUGGACCCCGACGAACGGGAGCUGAAAAAGCUCUUCGCCCUCAUCCAAGAAGACAGCGUGUCGACAAAGGCGGCACCCACUGACGCACAGCCCGCGAAGCCGUCUCUCCUGUCGAAUCUGAAGCCCUCCUGGUUGUCAUCGCCCAGCGCCAGUGCCGAUGCCGAUGCCAAUGCCGAAACCUCCUCCUUUAUCGAUCGCGAGCGCUCCCUGGCCGAGGCUGUGCUGCCCACAUCCAUGUCCUGCCAGCAGGCUUUUGACCUCGCCUGGGGCUGCCAAUCACCUGUCGGCCAAUGGCGCGCCGUCUACCGUCAUGGAAACGUGCGGCCCUGCAGUGACCUCUGGGAGGACUUCUGGUUCUGCAUGCGCGUCAAGAGCUUCUCGCCCGGCCUCGCCAAGGAUGAGGCCAUUCGAAGCCACUUCCGCAAGCGUGAGAUGGAAAAAUACUACACACCCAGCAGCCGCUCCAGCGAGGACGUCUGGCGCAGCCGCACCAUCGACGAGGUGCUGCCCCCAGACGCUGUCUUCAAUAAAUCCUUCAAGGCAGUUCUCAGUGGAGGAAGCAGCAGUGCUCCUGAUGGCACCAAUACCGACCCUUCUACAAAACCACCUGCCUCCGAACAGAGAGACGCAGAACAGAUCCGAGCCGACCUGGAAAGACGACGGCUGAUCCGACAGCAAAUGGGCUACGAGAAAUAA